GAGAGUACGGUCGCUCCUGGAUCGCUCCAGUUGAAUUUCGCCAACUAUAUCGGAGACAACUCGCCUUACCGAAUUGUUUAGUUACGUGUGCAGUGAAACGUUACGAAGUUACUCGAUUAUCUGACUUGUAAUAGAAGUAUGAACUAUGGCUUAGUUUUAAUGGAAAAUAAAGGGGUUCCUUUUUAGAUCUUGCGGAUGCAACAUGUUAUUGAAAUGAUGUCAAAUCAAUAUGGGCAUAUCUACUCAGCAACGAAUUGUAAGAUGUGGAAUAUAUGUUUUUCUUAUUAUUAUAAAUGUCCAGAUACUGCAAGGAGAAGAACAACCAUACUGUCCCAGCCUAACAGAAAAUCCAAUUUGCCCUUGCUAUAAUUACAAAGAAGGGUUAUUUCUAGAAUGUCCGAGUGCAACCCCGAACGUGGUCAAAAACGUACUAGCAAAAAUAAAAGGCACAAUACAGUCUUUCUCACUUUAUGACUUGGAUAGCUCAAUAUCAGAAUUAGGUCCCGACAUUUUCCCGCCACAACUGAAAAUUAUCAAUUUGCAUAUUUCUCAAUCGAGUAUUAAUAAAAUAAGCCCUAAUGCUUUCUCGUCCCUUCACCACUCCUUAACGUCCCUUAGUAUAAUUUCAAGCAAAUUAAAUAGAAUUCCGUACGAAUCAUUUUCUGAUUUGUUGAACAUCGACUCACUUGAUUUACAGAUAAAUGAUAUCAGGGAAAUACAAGGAAACUCUUUCAAAAAUUUAAAAUUAAAGAAACUUAAUUUUAAAAGUAAUAAAAUUGAAAAUAUUUCUGAUAGUGCAUUUCACUACCUUGAAGCAACUUUGGUAGAAUUGGAAUUGUCGGAAAAUUAUCUUAAUAUUUUUCCUUUAAAGGCUAUUGCAGAGUUGAAUAAACUUCAAAGUUUAAAGCUAGCUAAUAAUAAAAUUCAAAGUAUACCUGAUAACAUAAAUAUUACAAUUAAAAGUUUGUCAUCGUUAGAUUUAAACGGGAAUUUUUUUUCAAAGAUAGAAAGGAAUUGGUUUAAAAGCAUGCCGCAUCUUAGAAUAUUGACAUUUUUUAGUAACCAAAUAGAAAAUAUCGAUGAAGAGGCUUUUUAUUACUUACGAAAUUUGGAGACGAUUGACCUUAGCCAUAACAAAUUAAAUUUUAUUUCAAAAAAUAUUUUUCAAAGUAAUCAUAAUAUAAAAACAAUAGAUUUGAGUUACAAUCAUCUGCACUAUAUCAGUGGAGUUUUUUCAAAUUUAACACAAUUGACAGAAAUAUUUUUGUCUGAAAACAACAUUUUGGAAUUACCAGAUAAUGCAUUUCUGAAUGCUUUAUCGUUGACUGUUUUGAACUUAGAACACAAUGCUAUUAAGUCUGUACACUUCAAUUGCUUCCGAACGUUGAAAAACUUAACGCAACUGCAUAUGGGAACAAAUUUUCUAGAAAAACUUCCAAAUAAAAUUUUUGAAUCGAAUCUUAGAUUGGUGACUUUAAGUCUCGAUAAUAAUAAAAUUAGCGAGCUACAUGAGCUAGUAUUUGAUAAUUUAGAAGAAUUAAGUGAAAUAAGAUUGCAAAAUAAUAAGUUAACACAUAUUAAGAGAAAUGUGUUUAGUCCGCUUCCUGCACUUCUAGAAUUGCAUUUACAAAACAAUUUCAUACAAAAUAUUGAUUCACAUGCAUUUAUUACUCUGAAAAAACUUCAGCACGUUAAUUUACAAGGUAACAGAUUAUCGACUAUUGGUGAUAUAUUCCCUAAUAGAAACUCAUCGUUAGUAUCGAUACAGUUGAGUUCAAAUCAGCUUUCCUUUGUAAAAAAUACCUCGUUUCGUGGUCAAGUUAACGUUCAAAUUAUGUGGUUUACACAAAACCAAUUAAAAUUAUUACCAAGAAAUAUUUUCAGUGAACUUUACAACAUACAAAGAUUGUAUAUAAAAAACAACAGUAUUAUGUUUAUUGAAGAUAGGAGUUUUAUGCAUUUAAAGAAAAUAAAAUUUUUAGAUUUAAGUAGUAACAAGAUAACAUAUAUAAAUAAUGAAACAUUUUAUAACGCUGUGACGUUAGAAGAAUUAUAUUUGCAAAACAAUAAUAUCAAUCGAAUUGAAAAACAAUCUUUUAAUCAAUUGACAAAAUUAAGGGUUCUAGAUCUGUCAUUUAAUGAAAUAAUAACAUUAGACUUUCAUAUAUCAACAUUACCAAUAAAGCUUAUUCGAUUAAAUCAUAAUGCUGUAUCUGUAAUUGAGUCAGAAUCUCUUAAAACGCUACCUAAUCUCAGUGAUUUAGAAAUGAACAAUAAUUUUCUUACGUGGGAAGAUGUAACACAGAUACAAAUACCAGGAUUAAAGUCUUUAGUGCUCUCCAACAAUAAUUUUACGUUACUCGAGAAUAAAGCAUUUUCUCAUUUACCUUCAUUGCAGUCUUUAUCUUUAGAAUUGUCAAAUAUAUCACUUUUACCUCCGCCAAUAUUUACUAAGAACCAAAAUUUGCUAAGAGUCAAUUUAGCAGGCAAUAAUUUGAAAGACUUGCAUAAAGAUGUUUUUGCUUAUACAACCAUUUUGCAAGAUCUUAAUCUGAAAGGAAAUUCUUUUACAGACUUUCCUCACGUUGCUCUAUUUAAUGUUACCUCAUUGGAAAUUUUGAAUUUGUGUGAGAAUCAACUGCACAAUAUAGAUUUCUUCAGAUUCAUAGGCUUACAAAAUUUACGAACGCUCAGUUUAUGUAAAAAUCAAAUUUCUAUUUUAAACGGCUUUAGCGCACCGUCCUUGAAAAAUUUGGUAACCCUCAAUUUAAGUUUCAAUAUGCUUUCUGUUCUACCACCAAAUUUCUUUCAACAUUCCUUAGGUCUUAAGGAAAUUGAUUUGUCUCAUAAUCUUUUCAAACACAUUCCUAGUAAUGGAUUAUCCGAAAUAGUACUGCCAGCCUUAACAACGCUCAAUAUGUCAUCAAAUACAUUAGUUCAGUUAUUACAAAUACCUCCAAUAAAGCCAUUUCCUCUAUUACAACAGUUGAUAAUAAUGAAUACAAAUUUAACGAUCAUAACAAGCAAAGACUUUGAGAACUUCCCAUCACUAAAGAAAUUAAUUCUAAAGUCUAACUGUCUUCAACGCUUAUCACCUGGUGCUUUUUCAAAAUUACAUUCCUUGGAAAUUUUGGAUUUGAGUGAAAAUAAAAUGGAAAAUAUUCCAAGAGAACGCCUCCAGGGACUCUUCUUUGUAAAAUUACUAAAUUUAUCACAAAAUACCAUCAGAGAACUGGAAGAAUUCACUUCAGAUUUGCAGAGUCUUCAAAAAUUGGAUAUCUCAUUCAAUCACAUUACAAGAAUAAACAAGGACAUUUUUCGAAACCUUCUCAAUCUUGUCGAAUUGAACUUGAGUGGGAAUUGGCUUUCAUUUAUAGCUACAGAUGCUUUACGGAUGUUGAAUAAAAUGGUGUUUCUUGAUUUAAGUAAAAAUUACUUUGAAGUGAUUCAUCUUAAAAUGCUUCAAAAUAUGGAAUCUCAAAUUAAAACAAUUUCAUUCGAUGAAAACCCCUUGACAUGCAACUGUGAAUCUCAAGAUGUUUGGCGAUGGAUGCAAGAUCACCAUAAAAUAAUUUUAAAGGGAAGCGGAAAUUUACGAUGCGAACACCCCGAAGAAUUGCAUGGAUACAGUUUUCUUGAGCUAACAUCGCAGAAGUUAUGCGACGUGCCAGUUGUUAUACGAAUUGCAAUCCAAGACAUUCAAACGUAUUCUGUUAUAGUGUCUUGGCAGAGUCGCAAUCAGACCGGAUUAAGUGGAUACCAAGUAGCUUACUACAAGGAACAGAUGCCAGCAAUCAUCCGAGGAAAAAUAUUAAAUACGACUUCGAGAAUGACAAGAUUAAGCCAUUUAACCCCUGGAGCCCGAUACACGAUUUGCGUUAUCGCUAUUGGAAAUUUUGUCGGAGCCACCAGUUCAUCAAACCCGGAUGCUCGGAUUGCUCCUUCAACGGAGAAUACGGGUGCUCAGUUGUACGGUGAUGAAUUACUAUUCAAUCAUCUGCGAGGGUUCAUGAAUGACUCCCAGAUAAGCAAAUGUACCAGCGUGAGUACCAUAGAAAUAUUUGGAACUUCAUUAGAUAGUCCAUUUUCCAACACCUAUAUGGGUAUAGCAGAUAUGUUAACGAGAAGAUUAAGUCUCGUUGUUGGUUGCUGUAUAGGUUUUAUUGUAUUUAUUGUCUUAGUGUCAGCUUUAGGUUAUAUAAAGACAAAAAAACGCCCUGUGAUCGCAAAGGAGGACCCGCGACAGACACCACAAUAUAUAUCUUACGAUAAUUUUCCUGCAGCUAAUAUUGAAGCACAAACAACAGAUAUGGAUAUAAACACAAUUACAGAUAAAACGAAGCCCCAAAUAAGCCAUGUGAUUGAACGAAAAUAAAAUACGUCGACUUCUUGUUUACAAAUUGGAAAUCGUUCGAUUCCCGUUUUCAAUUUCAUCACACUUUAUAAAGUGGUAUUGGAAUUAGAUUUUGAAUCUCUUUUUAUGGAACAUGAUGUUCUAUGCAAACAUUUUUAUGAAUAUUUUGUAAAGGAACUAUGAAAGUGACGAUUGAUAAUGUAACUUAUUUAUUACGUUUACAGUUUUUAAUUUAUUGCGAAAAUUUUAUUAGAUAUUUUAAGGAAUCUUCCAAACGUCUAACGUUUAGUGUAGUGUUAAAUAUUCCCUUUGUGAUUGUUAGUUUUAUAUUUCAAUCUGUUUUGUUUAUUUCUGUAAAUAUAGUCUAUUUAAUUUAUAUAUUGUGUAAAACAUGUUUAAACUUGUAAUAUAAAUGUAGCUCUAAGAUUUAAGCAAACUAUUCAUCCAACCCACGGACGAGUAAAAAAAUAAGGACUCCGUGUCACCUUACAUAACAGUGAGGCACCAAAACAAGCCGGUAAACGUGUAAAUAUACUUACACUAACAGAAGCCGAUCGGCCGCCGUUAUGAGAUCGCUAUCGUUUGUGACAAGUCAGUUUGCGUCGCAAUAAAAUAUUUUAAAAAUGCCGUCGUGCGUUGUGAUAAAGUGUAAAAACAAUACUAUAAAAUUAUUUGUGGAUAUAUGAUUACUUAAGGGAGAAGAAAUUGUGUAACUGGUAUACUCCGUAACCGCACACACACUAGCGUAAAGGUGCUUCACUUGCUAAUAUCACGGUGCGGAGUCCUUAAUUUUUUACUAGUCCGUGAUCCAACCUAGGCUUUUAAAGUAAUAUUGAUUAGUCUUUGUAAGCAAUGGAGUCGUGAUCGCUGACUUGUAGUAUAAGCCAAAUAUCAAAUUGAAUACUUAAUUUUACAUAAUAAUAAAUGUAUGAAAUGUACCAAACUUUUAUAAUAUUACGUAUGAAAUUAAAAACAAUCUGUUUAUAAUGUACUUAUAAUUAGACCACAAAAUUGUAGAAUUGGUAAUAAAAC